GGUUCAUAGUUUUCUGGAGCGAAGGUGUUGGUUGACAAGCAGGGUAAUGGCGAUGGCAAUUCAGGCAAUGAAGCCAACUCGGUUGCCGCCUGAGGAAACAACAAGACGCUUUUGGGCACUUCAAUCCACUUGGCAGCGUGCCAUUGGGUGUGCUGGAACAUCGACAAGUUCUGGCGGCGCUGGCGAUGGUGACGGCAUUUAGAAUGUCAUCGUCGUCGCUACGGAUAGUCUGGCAGCACCGAAAUGGCUCCGUCAGAAUGCGCUGCCCAAACUUCCUCGAGCUAAAACCUUCGUCGAUUGUGGGACGGAGAACUUAGAUAAACCACCUGGCCAUCAUCAAAUCGACUCAAAUCUGCAUUCCUCGAUUGCCAAAUGAAGCACUUCGACGUAUUACGGAGCCAGCUUGCACUUUACCGUCGUGUGUUGGGUGGAAUCAACAGGUUGUAUGCUCUUUAUGCAAAAGUCGCCUUCAAUAAACUGUUGCAGCAUUUGCAUUCAACACGAGCAGACAUGGCUACGGUUGUUGAGACCACGAGCGUAGAUUCUUCGCCGCUGCCGAUAUCUAUCUAUUUCUCUAUUUCCAAUGCAACAGUUCAGCACACACACACAUAUAAUAGCUGCGAGCGCGUUGAUUGCUCGGUGACAUAUAUUUCACCACCAACCUCGAAGUCCGAGUAUUUCAGUUUUCGCUCGCGAUGCUUGCGCCUCUGAUGACAUCUUAUCCGAUUUACCAGUCUUUUGAAUCCUUUUAUCGACUUUAUGUCUCCAAUUAAUAACUCUCUCUCCCU